CUAGCGCAGGAUAAGCACCGCAAAGGCUUCUGGUACUACGCUGUCAUGGCUCCAAUUAUAAACAGAAAGCGCUGAGCAGUUGCGCAUGUUGUUUGCAGUGCCGUGUGCAGUGCCGCUACGUUUAAACUGCUUGUUCUCAGUCGUGAAGAAAAGUAACAGGGAAUAGGAUGUCCGGAGGAAACAAAGCCAUGGAGUUACAGCUUCAGAUGCGUCAAAACGCGGAAGAUUUGCACAGCUUCAUGAGAGAGCUAGAGAGCUGGGAGACAGAGAUAAAGAAGAAGGAUGAUGAGCUGAGCACAGGAGGGAUUCAGGAGGUCCAGCGAAAGCUCCCACCUGUUCGCAACAAAAAAAAGAUGAGGGAGAAGAAGAAAAAGAAGGAACCAAGUGAUAAGGGCGACAUAAAGCAAGAGGAGCCUCAACAAGCCUCAAGAAUAAACGCGUUCGACUAUCGGUCAUGGGACAAGUUUGAUGUGGAUAAAGCUCUGGAUGAGAUGGAUAAGGAGGAGAGUCCAGCAGAGUCAAAUGAGUCCGACUCAGAGGAAGCGCCAGUUAACCAGGAGAGAGCUUUGGCUGAAAAAGAAAAAGGCAACAAGUUCUUCAAAGAUGGGAAAUAUGAUGAUGCUGUAGAGUGCUACACCAGAGGGAUGGGGGCAGAUCCCUACAGUCCUGUGCUUCCUACAAACCGAGCCUCAGCUUUUUUCAGACUCAAAAAAUAUGCUGUGGCAGAGUCUGACUGCAACUUGGCGAUCGUUCUGGACCCCAACUACUUCAAAGCAUACGCACGAAGGGGAGCCGCACGGUUUGCGCUGAAGAAAUAUGAAUCUGCAUUGGAAGAUUAUCAGAUGGUUCUCAAGCUGAACCCUGGAAAUGUGGAUGCAGAGAAUGAGGUGAAGAAAAUUCAAGAGGCUCUUGGACAUCAGGCACCAGUUAUCCAAAGUGAAGCCACUGAGCUGCAGAAGGCUCCCACAAUUGACCCCAAUAAGCAGAGACUGAUGGAGGAACAACAGAAGAGACAGGAGGCAGUUGUACAAAAAGACAGAGGGAAUGCAUAUUUUAAAGAGGGGAAGUAUGAAGUGGCUGUGGAGUGCUACAGCAAAGGCAUGGAGGCCGACUGCAUGAAUGUCCUGCUUCCUGCAAACAGAGCCAUGGCCUUCCUUAAGCUAGAGAGGUAUAAGGAGGCAGAGGAGGACUGCACCAAAGCCAUUUCUCUGGAUGGUACUUACACCAAAGCUUUUGCUCGUCGGGCCACAGCCAGAGUUGCUUUGGGGAAACUGGAAGAGGCCAAAAAAGAUUUUCAGGAAGUCUUAAAAUUGGAACCGGGAAACAAACAGGCCUUGAAUGAACUCCAGAAAUUGCAUAUGGACGCAGGUUUUAGUGGUGUUCUACAGGCAGAGGACGGCUCUCUGAGGAGAACAGUGCAGCCGAUAGACAAGCCACCACAUCUGCGCUCAACUAAGCCACUGAGGAGAAUUGACAUUGAAGAAGUGAGCGGAAAGGUGGAGUCGGGUGGGUCCAAGUCAUCAGUCGUGGAGGUGAUGAUGGACGACAAGUCUUCGCUCUCGACGUCGCCCAGCGCCAAGAUGAUAAAGAUAGAAGAAAUAGCAGAAACCCCCUCACACUCAACUGAACCCCUCCCUGCCAGCAGUCAGGUCAGACAACCGGUGCCGGAGGACAGCGCUCGUCCGACUGAGCGGCCGACUAACCCCUCCUCGACACCAGCUGACCUGCCUCCACCGCCAACCAACAGCUUCCAGCUGGAGGCAGACCUCCGUAAAAUCGGAGAGCAGCCUGAAGUCAUUUACAGAUAUCUGAGGCAAAUCAAACCUGAUGCUUACAUAAAGAUUUUUCACAACUCACUUGAACCUAACAUCCUAAAUCAAAUCCUUAGGACGCUGCAUGACUUUUAUAUGAAGCACGAGGAACCAAGUGUCACACUGCAGAUCCUCAGCAGCCUGUCGAGCGUAAAACGCUUCGACAUGGCCGUCAUGUUCAUGUCUUCUCCGGAGAAGAAAGUCCUUAAAGAACUGUUUGACUUCCUUCAGCAAGCGGAGCUGGACGGAUUAUGUGUCACAGCCUUAAAAAAGAAGUAUUGUGUUUGACCUGCAACUCAGGCAAAUAUGUAACGCCAAUAGAAUUUACAACUGAAUUUAAAGCAGAUUAAACAAUUUUAUUCUCUAUCUAGUUUCAUCUACUGAACAACAUCCAUUAAAUCAGCCCACCAAAAUGUUA